UCAUCAAUUGUUCUCAAGUAGCAUGGAAAAACCUCGCGAAGUCAGAUAAAUGGAAAGUUGAACAAAACCCCAGACUACAUCCAUUAUCCAAAAAAACUGCGAAGAUUGGCCAUGGCAGGCACAUCAAGGACACUCUUAAGCCUCUCUCUAUCCUCUGCAACCAAGCACUGCCACCCAUUUCUUAGGCUUCCCCAUUCAAGUAGGGUUUUGCCGGGGUUUAACUUCAGAGCCUUGUGCACCGCCUCAGCCACCACUGUCUCACCGUUCGACACUAGUACAAUUCCUGGACCAGACGAAGCCAAGCACUCAAUCCUUCUAGAGAGACUUAGAUUGAGGCACCUCAAGCACUCCUCAAAACCCUCACAAGCUAAAACCCAAUCCCCACCAAAACCAGUUGUUGCUAUCGAGAAGGAUGAAGAUGGUUUUAAGUCGAAGAAGGGGAAAAAGAUGGUGGGAAGCUUUGAGGAGAUUGGGCUUAGUGAAGAGGUGAUGGGGGCUGUGAGGGAGAUGGGGAUUGAGGUUCCUACUGAGAUACAGUGCAUUGGGAUUCCUGCUGUUUUGGAUGGAAAAAGUGUGGUCUUGGGGUCGCAUACUGGGUCUGGCAAAACUUUGGCUUAUAUGUUGCCUCUUGUUCAGUUACUGAGACGGGAUGAAGCAACACUAGGUAUGCUAAUGAAGCCUGGUCGUCCUCGAGCUGUUGUUCUCUGCCCUACAAGAGAGCUCUCUGAGCAGGUUUUUCGUGUGGCAAAGUCUAUCAGUCAUCAUGCUCGAUUCAGGUCUACUAUGGUUAGUGGUGGCGGCUGGUUUAGACCUCAGAAAGACUCACUAAAUAAUGCUAUUGAUAUGGUUGUUGGGACCCCUGGCAGGGUUCUUCAACAUAUUGAGGAUGUUAAUAUGGUUUAUGGCGACAUAAAGUACUUGGUGCUAGAUGAGGCAGAUACCAUGUUUGACCGUGGCUUUGGUCCUGAAAUUCGCAGAUUUCUACGCCCAUUAAAGAACCGUGCAUCAAAACCUGAUGGCCAAGGGUUUCAAACCAUUUUGGUCACCGCAACAAUGACAAAGGCAGUUCAAAAGCUGAUUGAUGAGGAAUUUCAAGGAAUAAUCCAUCUGCGCACAUCAACACUGCAUAAAAAGAUAGCAUCUGCUCGGCAUGAUUUUAUAAAACUUUCUGGUUCUGAAAACAAGUUGGAAGCACUGUUACAGGUUCUUGAGCCAAGUUUAGCAAAGGGAAACAGGGUGAUGGUAUUCUGUAACACAUUGAAUUCCAGCCGUGCUGUGGACCACUUUCUUGCUGAGAAUCAGAUUUCUACUGUCAAUUAUCAUGGAGAGGUACCAGCAGAACAAAGGGUUGAAAAUCUACAGAAGUUUAAGAGUGAUGAUGGAGAUUGCCCCACAUUGGUCUGUACCGACUUGGCAGCUAGGGGGCUUGAUUUGGAUGUUGAUCAUGUUAUCAUGUUUGAUUUCCCCUUGAACUCUAUCGAUUACCUUCAUCGCACAGGAAGAACUGCUCGAAUGGGUGCAAAAGGGAAAGUGACAAGCUUGGUGGCUAAAAGGGAUGUGCUGUUGGCUGCCCGAAUUGAGGAGGCAAUGAGGAAGAAUGAGAGCUUGGAAGCCCUUAAUAAAGAUAAUGUUCGGAGAGAUGUUGCCAGGGCUCAAAUAACUGAACAGAAGGGAAAGAAGGAAAAGUUGAUUAAACAAUCCAAUCAGAGAAACAAGACGAAGGCUGCAACAGUAAAAUCUUCUAGCAACCUCACCAAGGCUUCUUCAGUAAAUAAAUCUGGAAAAUCAUCCACCUUAGCAAAAUCUGCAAAAGGUGUUAAAGUUGUGAAGACAGUUAGAGCCUCCAGUAGAACAUCUCUUGCUGGCAACAAGAAAACAGGGAGUAAAAAAUCCACUGCAGUCAAAUCGACAGCUUCAAAGCUAAGAGUAGUGCCGCUUAGAGGUCGCUCAUCUUCAUCUAGCAAGAAAUAACCAUCAAGGUCUAGUUGAUUACUGUUGUUAAAAUUUUACAUACAUUAGAAAAUGCUUAUUAUUUCUUUUUUGUUUGUAGUAGUAGCAUCUGCAUUAUUUAAUGUGAAGAAAAAUGUCAGCUUGUGUUCUUUGCCCAGAUUGGCGCAUUAUCGCAAUGUUUGGAAAUUUUCUACCA